UUUGGGAAUGUAAUGGUAAACACUGGAGAAUUCCAGAAAAAUCUAGACCCCACUCCAUAAAUACUACUCCCUCCAAUCUUCGCCAACAACUACUCAACAUACCCAAAUUCUCCACCACCUCACGCGAUCAUCUUCGUCGCUCAUUCCACUCGUUGGUUCGAUUCGAUUCCUUAGUUUCACAUCUCCAUGGAGCUACACAGAUUGUUGAAAAGGAAAGGAUGCGUCGAUGAAGUUAACGACGAUUUCCCUCUCUCUUCUCCCGCCACCAAGAUUCGCCGUCUCGAUGCCGAGUUGCCGCCAAUUGUGGAAGAAGAGGAACCAAUACCGUCGCCGUCGCCGUCACCUUCACCGUGUCCGUCACCGUCUUCUAACGAUGAGAGAGCUCUCGUGCUUUUCAAACCUCUUGCUCAUUCCCCUUCCUCUUUCUCAUUCACCGUCGAUUCUGACCUUAUCAAUGAAAUUACAAACAAUCAAUUUCUCUUGUCCAAACAGAGUGAUGGUGUUGUGACAGGGUUACAAUCACGUGAGAAGAGUAAUGAUGAAUUGGCUCUCGUGCCUUGGGUACCUUCUUCUUCUUACCAGUUCUCCGAUGUUCAUGAUAUUGACGACGACUCAAAUAUUGAGUUGAUGGAAGCUGAUGAAACGGAAGAAGGUGGGGGUUCUAUGAUGAUGGAUAUUGAACAAGAAGGUGACACUGAUAGUGACCCUAAAACUUACACAUCAAGCAUUCACUACCCAACAGCGCACUCUGGAAUAACAGAGGGAUUCCAGCAACACUGCUUGUUGCCUCAGCUUCCUCACAACACCUCAACUCCCAUCUCUUGGACCCGCUGAGAUUUGUUUGUUACAUCUACCACUUACUAUCUUCUUUUAUGUUUAAGCAAGUUUUUCCCGUAUUUAGGAUAAGGGUUAGUAGACUAGACUGAACCCCUUAGUUACAGUUUUCGUUAGUUAUAGUUUUCUUUUGCGCUAUGGGAAUCUCUCGCUUCUUGUGCAAGUGGCCAUGCAAGUGUCACUAAGAAAAGAAAAUGAAUGUGUAUAUAUUUUUUUGUCGCCAUCUAUGUAUUGAUUUUCAUUUUAAUU